CGGAGCCCGAGCCGGUCGAGACGGCGCCCGUGCCGACCGCCCCAGGUUUCUGCGGCUGCGCGGUUCGCUAGUUUGAUGACCCCGUAGCACGGAGCGGUUUCUUGGUUUCGGUGCGGUCGAUCGAAUUAUGCCCGAGUUUGUGGGUUUUGGUAGGGUUCUUGGCUCCAGCGCGAUCGUCGUUCUUGGGUUCCUGAUUCUUGUUCCCUUGAUAUUUGCUUGUUCUGCCGUAGCACGGAGAAGUUUCUUGAUUUUGCGCGGUCGAUCGAAUUCUGCCGAUAGUUUUGUGGGUUUUGGGAGGGUUCUUGGCUACGGCACAAUCUCCAGGGGCGUGGUUUUGGUGCUUCUUAAUUUGCUUGUUCUGUUCUUGAAGGGUGCUGAGAUUGGGGAUGCUUUACUAUCUUCCGCGUGAUCCUUUGGGUCGUUUGCAUUGUUUGGAAUAGGGAUACUCGAACUAAUAUCUUGUGCAUCCUGAAAUAGAUUUCGUGAAGAAACUCUGGUUCUGGGCGUUGAAACUAAAACAUGGUCCUGUCCAGGCAUUUCAAUUUCGUUUUACAACUUUUUUCGCUAAAAUCUCGGUCAUUUUUUUCGUUCGUGUGGGUUACACAUGUUAGUAAUUUUUUUUUUUUGAAAAUUAGAUAUUUCGUUCCGCUUCGAAAUUCGUGAAACUUUGCAAAUUUUAGUCCUGCUCCUGUCACGAGUAGAUGUGCUUGGCUUAUAAUAGAUGUUAAUCUCCUCUUAAUUUUUCUCUGCGCUGUUCUUGAAAGUUGAGAUGGCGGGUUAACAUCACGAACUAUGCGCGUGUUUCUUUUUCAUAAAAAGGAGCCACCAGAUUACAUGGGUUGUUUCGAUAAAUUACCAUUUGUGUUGUGUUGUCAUAUUUGCGCUUCGUUUUUGCAAGGAACCACUUGUCUUGUUUCUCUUUUCAUGUUUGCUAAUUUAUAGUGGUGUGGUUUCCCCUCAUAGCUGGCAAUGUAUCGGAUGCUGCAUCCAUUUUUAGUUAUUUGUACAGAGAUGGUAGAAUCAGCGAUCCCGGAGGAGGCCGUGCAUGCUGAGUUCGUCUCAUAUCGUGGUCCGGCGUACAAGGUAUUCACCUAUGAGGAGCUGUAUUCGGCGACAGAGGGAUUCAGAGCAGAUCGCCUCCUGGGACAGGGAGGGUUCGGUCCGGUGUACAAGGGCUUUCUUGAUAGCACCAAUCAGGAGGUGGCUAUAAAGACUCUUGAUCCCCAGGGACAACAAGGGAACAAGGAGUUCCUCUCUGAAGUUCUGAUUUUGGGCAACUUGCACCACCCAAAUCUUGUAGAACUUGUUGGAUGUUGCGCUGAUCGUGGCAAGAGGAUUUUAGUUUAUGAGUAUAUGCCUUUGGGUUCCCUGGUCAGUCAUAUCCAUGAUCUCCCCCCUGGUAAGCAGCCUCUUGACUGGAGUACAAGAAUGAAGAUACUUGUUGGUGCAGCUAAAGGUCUGCAACAUUUGCAUGACAAUGUUGACCCUCCUGUCAUUAACCGCGAUGUGAAAUGCGGAAACAUUUUGCUUGGAGAGGGUUAUCAUCCAAAGCUGUCUGACUUUGGCUUGGCAAAGCUAGGUCCAACUGGUGACAAUACUCAUGUUUCAACUAGGGUCAUGGGUACAGCUGGAUAUUGUGCGCCAGAGUACUUCAUGAGUGGUAAAUUGUCUAUAAAGUCGGACAUUUACAGCUUCGGUGUUGUUAUGUUGGAGGUUCUCACAGGAAGAAAGGCUAAAGAUGAACCUAAGCAAACUCUUGCUGUAUGGGCUCCCCCCCUGGUGAACCAAAAGGAUUUCCACAAACUGGCAGACCCGGCGCUGCAGGGUCAGUACCACGCGAUUUCGUUGUAUCGGGCCCUCGCUGUUGCUGCACUCUGUGUCAAUCAAAGAGCGAACAUGAGACCACCCAUGGCAGAUGUCGUUGAAGCUCUCGCCGAGAUCUCAGAAAUGGAGUCCAGAAGCAGGUGGCGGACAGCCCGUCGACAAUCGGCGGCUCCCAGCACACCAACUGGAGCUGGCUCUGAUGGGAACCAAGCCCAGUAUCAGGGAGAAAGAAGCUGAGGAGUCCAGUGCAAAGCAAAAAUGGCGUUCUUCUGUUAGACCUGCUUUUUGUGGCGAUGGUUACUGACUGUUCAAACGGUAAUUGCUGGGAAGGACAUGUUGAUUUUUUUCCAUAGUUCAUAGCUAAUAUUUUUUACUUUUGGUAUAUGUUUGUGGUUGAGGCUUAUCAGACAUCGUCGUCUGCGACAUAGAGCUCCAUAGUAUUUCGUGACGCUUUUGUAGAGAUCAAGUGGAUGUCUCGUUUCCCUUUCUUUAGAUGCUGAUGAUGUACAUUGUUUUCUGCAGUAGCAUGUACCUAAAGAGUAAAAGGGUUUGGUUCA